AUGGACAAUUCAAUCUCAGAACACAUCUUUAGCCCAUCGACGCUCAGCUCAGCUCAGCUCCUCAAGCGCGUCGGCGACGCCCGCAAGGUGGUUACCGGUGACGGCGGCGAGACCCCCGUCCACCACCACCAGGCCCUCGCCGUCAACCUCAGCAACGCCAGCCUCGAGCCCCGCUCCCUCCCCUUCGUCCUCCAGUUCAAUAACCUCAACUACAGCGUCAAGGUCCGCCGCAAGGUCGCGCUCUCCUCGCUCCUCCCCCGGCUCUGCAGCUGCCUCGGCUCUGCCGCCGUGGAGGAGCCCAUCGCCGGGGAGAGCCUCUUCACCCGGACCAAGGUCCUGCUCAACGACAUCUCCUGGGAGGCCCACGACGGCGAGAUCCUCGCCGUCCUAGGGGCCAGCGGCUCCGGGAAGUCGACGCUGGUCGACGCGCUCGCAAACCGGAUCGCGAAGGGGAGCCUCAAGGGGAGCGUGACGCUGAACGGGGAGCCGCUCGAGUCGAGGCUGUUGAAGGUGAUAUCAGCGUACGUGAUGCAGGACGACCUCCUCUUCCCGCUGCUCACGGUGGAGGAGACGCUGAUGUUCGCGGCCGAGUUCCGCCUCCCCCGGACGCUGUCCAAGUCGAAGAAGCGGAUGCGGGUCCAAGCCCUGAUCGACCAGCUGGGCCUCUGGAACGCGGCGAAGACGGUGAUCGGCGACGAGGGCCACCGCGGCGUCUCUGGCGGGGAGCGGCGGCGCGUCUCCAUCGGGAUCGACAUCAUCCACGACCCGAUCAUCCUCUUCCUCGACGAGCCGACCUCGGGGCUCGACUCCACCAGCGCCUACAUGGUGGUCAAGGUGCUGCAGCGGAUCGCCCAGAGCGGGAGCAUCGUGGUCAUGACGGUGCACCAGCCGAGCUACCGCAUCCUCGGCCUCUUCGACCGCCUGCUCUUCCUCUCCCGCGGCCAGACCGUGUACAGCGGCUCCCCCAUGAGCCUGCCGCUCUUCUUUUCCGAGUUCGGCCACCCAAUCCCGGAAAACGAGAACCGGACUGAGUUCGCGCUCGACCUGAUCCGGGAGCUCGAGGGUUCCCCUGGCGGCACCAGGAGCCUCGUCGAGUUCAACAAGUCGUGGCAGAGCAUGAAGCAGGGUGCCCGGAACUCGGAGCCCGACCGGAACGGGCUGUCCCUGAAGGAGGCGAUCGGCGCCAGCAUCUCGGGGAAGCUGGUCUCCGGCGCGACGAACGACGCGAGCCCGGCCUCCAUGGUCCCCACCUUCGCCAACCCCUUCUGGAUCGAGAUGGCGGUCCUGUCCAAGCGGUCCAUUACCAACUCGCGGCGGAUGCCGGGGCAUUUCGGGAUCCGGCUCGGUGCGGUCCUCGUCACCGGGUUCAUACUAGCCACCAUGUUCUGGCAGCUAGACAACUCCCCCAAGGGCGUCCAGGAGAGGCUCGGCUUCUUCGCCUUCUCCAUGUCCACGAUCUUCUACACCUGCGCCGACGCGCUCUCCGUGUUCCUCCAGGAGCGGUACAUCUUCAUGAGGGAGACGGCGUACAACGCGUACCGGCGGUGGUCCUACGUGCUUUCCCACUCACUCACCGCGCUGCCCGCUCUGGUGCUCCUCGCGCUCGCCUUCUCGGCCACGACCUUCUUCGCGGUGGGGCUCGACGGGGGCCUCUCGGGCUUCCUCUUCUACUUCCUCAUCAUCUUCGCCUCCUUCUGGGCGGGCAGCUCCUUCGUGAUCUUCCUGUCGGGGGUCGUCCCGCACGUGAUGCUCGGGUACACCAUCGUGGUGGGGAUCCUCGCCUACUUCCUCCUCUUCUGCGGUUUCUUCAUCAACCGCGACCGCAUCCCCUCGUACUGGAUCUGGUUCCACUACCUGUCCCUGGUGAAGUACCCGUACGAGGGGGUGCUGCAGAACGAGUUCCAGGACCCGGCCAAGUGCUUCGUGAAGGGGGUCCAGAUCUUCGACAACACGCCGCUCGGGGUGGUGCCGGAUGCCUUGAAGCUGAAGCUGCUGUCGACGAUCAGCAGCACACUCGGGAUGAAGAUCACGGCCUCGACGUGCCUGACGACGGGGACCGGCAUCCUGCGGCAGCAGGGGGUGACGGACCUGAGCAAGUGGAGCUGCCUGUGGGUGACGGUGGCGUGGGGAUUCUUGUUCCGCAUCUUGUUCUACUUCUCCCUCUUGCUGGGAAGCAAGAACAAGAGGAGGUAAGGGGAUCUCAUCUCGGUGGUGGGUCGCUGGAGUUCCUCUCCCUCUUCCUCGAUUGCCAAGAUUCAAAAUUGGCGGGAAGCACACUUGGUUUUUCCUAUCUUUUGUUCUUUUUCUUUUUCUUUCGUGGUUUUUUUUUCUCUUUUGUUAUUAUAAAAUGAAGUUGGGCUCGAAUUUGAAGACGUUUGCAGAGGGUGUGGGUGGUGUUAAGGAGUAUAAAUCAAAAACACCAACUGUACCAACUAUCUAUGCUGCUGAUAUUGAUAAUAGAGAAAAGAGGGCGAAGACUGAUAUUAAAAGAGAAAGAACAGAGGCUGAUAUUAGAGAGAAGGAAGAGCUGCAAAGCAACAAAGUGAGUAACACAGACUGGGGAAGACACGACAACUCAAAUAAACGAUCGCGAUGAAGGUUGAUAUGGAUCGUCAUCAAUGGUGAAGAGUUUGUGAUAAAGACUGACACGGAUUGCCAACUCAUGAAGACACGUGAGCAAUUAUUCAGUUGAGGAUUGAAACAGAUUGAGAAACAGUCUUGUUAAAAUCAAUUUUUCUGUUGUAUCUUCAUCUUCUUCGAUAGGAAAAGAUAUAAAAGAAGUCUUAGCAGGAUCAUCUUUGUUGUUGAGGAAAACAGAUAGAGAAUUCCUAUAAACUAAUGCUCUGUAUUUUACAGUAGAGAGAGAGAGAGAGAAAGAAUGUGAGAAAUUUAGAAGUGAAAAUCUUCUUUGUUCAUUGAUGAUCCGAGAUA